AUGAGAAAGACCGUGCUCGGCGAUAGACUCUAUCGUGGAGUGACUGAGGAAGGCUCAGGUAGCCUGAAGAAUCAAGUCAGAGCUCGAGAGGGAAGACUACAGAGUCUGAUGGAGGAGCUGGAGGGUAAGAAGGGGGAGAUAGUGGAUCUCAACACACAGCUGGAGGAGGCUAAGCAACAAGUCGUUCUUCAACAAGAACGGCAGAAUCAGUUCGUUACGACCGAAAGAGCCAAGGCGGACAGAAUGGCGGAGAAACUCGAGCGGAGCGAAGCAGAGCGACGGGCGGAGGUUAACGAGUUGAACUUAUACUAUCAACAGGCGGUAGCGGGAGGAGAUCAAGUCGUGGAGUGA